AUGCCCAAAAACCCUGAUCACAUGGGAGAACAACUGAAUGGUACUGUCUUUCUGAUCAGUAUCAAAUGUGCGAGCUGUGAAGAAUAUAUGGACUUGGCCAAUGAUCGUUUCGAUCCUGGGAGUUGUAACAGUGUUGUAUUGGAUAAAUCGGGAUUGGGUAAGACCGACAUUAGUUCUUUUAACUUUGACAAAAUCCGUGGUAAAUCGUAUGUCCCAACAGUUCAUGCAUCGUUCGAAAUCUCUAUCGUUGGGUUCAAAACUGACUGA